AUGAGUUUUAAGAACAAAAUUGUGAUUGUGACCGGCGCUGGGUCUGGUAUUGGGGCAGCCACUGCGGUACAGUUUGCUAAGGAAGGUGCAGGCGUAGUCCUGGUAGAUAGAGAUGAGUCCAGACUGAAGAGUGUACGUGAACAAUGUACACAAACCAUCAUUGAGCCACUAUUGGUCACAGCCGACGUGUCCAAAGAUGAAGAUGCUCAAAAGAUAAUUGGUGAAACAAUAAAAAAAUUCAACAAACUUGAUAUCCUUGUCAAUUGUGCUGGCAUCUUAAGAAUGGGCUCCGUUUUAGAUGGCAGUAUCAUGCAGACGUACAACGAAAUUAUGAAUAUAAAUUUAAGAUCUGUUGUUUUAUUAACAACACUGGCUGUACCCUAUCUGGUGAAGAGUAAAGGCAAUAUAGUUAAUGUUUCCAGUGUUAAUGCAGUGAUUGUUAUGAAUCCAGAAAAUGCUGCGUAUGCUGUCUCUAAAGCUGGACUGGAACACUUUACAAGAGGUACCGCGUUGGAAUUAGCUCCUUCUGGGGUUAGAGUGAAUGCUGUCCGGCCGGGAGCGGUGAAGACUCGUAUAGCAGAGCAUUUAGGACGACAAAUGCCCCGUACAGGCAAAAUAAAUAUAAAUGCAUUUGGAAGGAUAUCAGAGCCAGAAGAAAUUGCUGAUACUAUUCUGUUUCUGGCAAAUGAUAAAGCGAAAGGUAUUACGGGAUCCAUAUAUACAGUUGAUAACGGAAUGGCGUACAAGUGA